UCCGGAAGCUUGCUGCUCUCCUCUCUCCUGCUCCCUGUGCCUUUGCUGCACCGCAGUAUCAACUUGGGGGUCGGUCCUCGAGGCCACCGGGAAGCUCGGCUCACUCCUGCAGAGGCCUCGCCGCUCCGCCCCUCCCUCUCCGGGCACCUCCCAGCAUCCUCUCAUCCGCAGGCCGGUCGCGCCGGGGGCGGGCCAGGGGCGGGGCCAGGGCGGGGCGUGACGUCGCCUCGCGGGCUUGGGAGGCGGGCUGGCGGCUGGGCGGCGGGCUGCUCGGCCCAGGCCAGCCCGCUCCUGCCGCGGUCGGCGUGCUAAAGGCUGCGCUGAGCUCCCGACUGCCUUCCGCGGCUGCCAAGUUUGCCCUCGGUCCUGGCGUCGGCGCCCGGCCUGGCCAGCCCUCGUUCUCCGUUAUGGCCCUAGUGCGGGACUCGGAGCCAGCUACCGGGCCCUCCCGCUGGCUGCCCACGCACGUCCAGGUGACAGUGCUGCGGGCCAGUGGGCUGCGGGGCAAGAGCUCUGGCGCCGGCAGCACCAGCGACGCGUACACGGUGAUCCAGGUGGGCCGCGAGAAGUACAGCACCUCGGUGGUGGAGAAGACGCAGGGCUGCCCGGAAUGGUGCGAGGAAUGCUCCUUCGAGCUACCGCCCGGCGCCCUGGACGACCUGCUGCGGGCGCAGGAGGCGGACGCGGGUCCGGCGCCUUGGGCCUCCCGUCCUGCCGCCGCCUGCGAGCUAGUGCUCACCACCAUGCACCGCUCGCUCAUCGGCGUGGACAAGUUUCUGGGCAGGGCCACCGUGCGGCUGGACGAAGUCUUCCGAGCAGGCCGCGCCCAGCACACGCAGUGGUACAAGCUGUGCUCCAAGCCAGGCAAGAAGGAGAAGGAGCGUGGCGAGAUCCAAGUGACCAUCCAGUUCACUCGAAACAACUUGAGUGCCAGCAUGUUCGACCUGUCCAUGAAGGACAAGCCUCGGUCCCCCUUCAGCAAGCUCAAGGACAAGAUGAAAGGCAAGAAGAAGUAUGACCUGGAGUCUGCCUCAGCCAUUCUCCCAAGCAGUGCCCUGGAGGACCCUGAGCUGGGCAGUCUGGGCAAGAUGGGCAAAGCUAAAGGCUUCUUCCUCCGCAACAAACUGCGCAAGUCCUCUCUCACCCAGUCCAAUACCUCGCUGGGCUCUGAUAGUACCCUGUCCUCUGCCAGUGGCAGCCUGGUCUACCAGGGCCCUGGUGCUGAACUUCUCACCCGCUCACCAAGCCACAGCAGCUGGCUGUCCACUGAAGGGGGCAGGGACUCUACACAGUCUCCCAAACUGCUCACUCACAAGAGAACAUUCAGCGAUGAGGCCAGCCAGAUGCGAGCAGCUCCUCCCCGGGCACUUCUAGAGCUCCAGGGCCACCAUGAUGCUGCCUCCCGUUCUUCCCUCUGUGUCAAUGGGAGCCACGUUUACAAUGAGGAGCCUCAGCCCCUCUUACGACACCGCAGCUCCAUCUCAGGCCCCUUCCCACCCUCCAGCUCCCUGCACAGCGUCUCUUCUCGGCCCACGGAGGAGGGGCCUCAGUCCUCAGAUGACUCCUGGCACAGAGGCAGGCGUAGCACCAGUAGCUCAGAGGUGGUACCUGGACAGGAGGAGCUGAGCAGUCAAGCCAAGGUGCUGGCCCCAGGAGCCAGUCACUCUGGAGAGGAGGAGGGGGCGCCACCUCCAGAGGGAAAGCCAGUCCAGGUUGCCACACCCAUAGUGGCCUCCUCUGAGGCUGUGGCAGAAAAGGAGCGGAAGCCCCGGAUGGGCCUCUUCCAUCAUCAUCACCAGGGGCUGAGUCGGAGCGAGUUGGGGCGCCGUGGCUCAGUGGGGGAGAAAGGGAGUCCCUCUCUGGGAACCUCCCCCCACCACCCAUCUACCUGGGAGGAAAAGGCCAAGAGUAGCUGGUUUGGCCUGAGAGAAUCCAAGGAAGCAACACAGAAGCCCAGCCUGGACGUGUCUCCUCAGGUAGAAUCUGACCCAGCUGCUCCUCCUCACCCCUACUCCCCCAGGGCUCUGGCCGCCCCCACUCCUGCUCCCGCUGCCGCUCCCAUGCUAAGCACUAACCUUUUUGCAGUCGCCUCCCCCUCUGCUGCCACUGCCGCCACAGCCACCACUGCCCCUGAAGCUACCCCAUCUGGACUCUUGGGGGUCACGAAUCCAUUCCUCACCUCCUUGCAGAGAAACCCCUUCUUUGAGGAGCUCAUAGCCAACAUAGCACUAAAUUCUCCUUCACCUGCUCCCUCUCUCCCCAGUGCCUUGAGGGCCAGCCUGGCCCCCCUGGCCUCCCCUGGGAAAGCCCUGCCUGAGUGGGAAGACACCUUCAACAUCUUUGCCGCUGGCAGGCUGCAGCCAGAGGCCAGGAGUGAGAUCCUGGCCCCUGCAGGAGUGGGGCUGGAGGAGGCUGGGCUGCAAGACCCGGGUCCUGGGACCAUGACAGUGAAGGCAACGGAGCCCCAGAGAGAACCUGGGGGAGGAACAGGUGGGAGCAGCAUGUGGCUGGAGCACAGGGCUCCUAUGGACUCAGGACUGGACCAGCCAAGCACAAAUAUGUCUGACCCAGGGCCCCUUGGGUCUUCAGGGGUCAGCCCAUCUUCUGCAGCAGCCCAGCUGCACCUGCAAGCCUCCGCCUGGACACCAGAUCAGGAACCUCCUGCCUCAGAAGGGGGAGCUGCGCAGAGUCCAGCAGAUAGCGGGGCAUCUCUGUUCAGCUCCCCAGAAGUGCUCAGUGUGUGGGAGAGACUACCUGGUUCAGAUGACACCCCCACGGGCCAGGAUGAGGAGGCCCCCCAAGGUGGAAGCAAGCUUUUCCAUGAGCUCAACACAGCAGAGGAUUCCUGGCCUUGGGAUGUGGUCACUAUCUCUCCUGCAGCUGAGGUUGCCUCACCUAUCCUGCGGGGAGAGUCCGAUGAGAUGUCUCCUCAGGUGCAGCCUGCAUCACCAGACAUUGUGCACCCCAGAGGGAGUGAGUGGCUCUCUGCCUUGCAGCUGGAGUCAGAGCCUGAGCAGGGGUUGGGUGAGGGGGUGUGGCCUGGAAUUCCACCUCCCAAGCCACCACGCCUCUUCACACCCUCAAAUUCCCAGGUGAAGGAGGAGGAAGAAGAGGACCAGGAGGAAGAAGAGAAUGCUGCGGUGGGGCUGAGUAACAGGGGGGCAGGGAUAGAAGAAGAUACCACCCCAAGUUCAUUGAUUGUUGGUUCCCAGGUGUCUGAGGAGGAGGGGGUGCAGCCGGAGUUGGAAGAAUUGCAAAGCUUAUCCUCUGAGGCCUUUCUGGGUGAGCCAGGCUUGGAAGAGGAAAUAGGGGAUGCUGGUAUCCUUGGGUCUGGGGCCUGUCCACCUGUGCCCACCAGCUGCCUUCAGGGGCCUGUCCCCACAACCCAUAACUCAGUGAGUUCAGCUCUGCUGAGUCAGAAAGUCUGGGGGUCUUCAGAGACAGGUGAAGGCCUUGAAGUCCAUAGGCAGGAGCCAACACUAGAGGGUUUGGGGCCUCUUUCAGUCACCCUCCAGCAGACUGAUCUGUGGGCCUCGGAGAAGGAGACCUUGAGCCCCUUUUUGUGUCAGGAGAGUCCAGAUCCCCCCACUCUCCCAUCCAUAUCACCUCCAGGAUCCAGAGAAUCGUCCAUCCACUCUGGUCCAGAAGAGCUGCCCACAGUCCCAGAACCUAUCUUUCCACCAUCCCCUCUCUCACCCUGGGCCAGCCACUGCCCUGGGGUGCCUGGCCCCCUAUGUCCUCCCCCACCUGGAGCCUGGCCCUUGACCUCUUCCUCCUCACCCCCUGGGGAGCCAGCCUCACCCCUGGGCCCCCUUGAGCUCUCUCCCACUGAGGGCUCCCCUGUUCCAUGCGGGGAAGACCACGCUGCAGCCACCCCAGCUUCCCCGCUUGUGCUUCUGCCCUUGGAGACACGACCAGUUGAGGAGCCCCAGCCCAGUAUCAGUCCUCAUCCUGUGAAGCCCCUCAGUACUGCUCCUGUGGAGGGCAGCCCAGACAGGAAGCAGACCCGAUCCAGUCUGAGCACAGCCCUGAGCAGUGGUCUGGAAAGGCUCAAAACUGUCACAUCUGGCAGCAUCCAGCCUGUGGUCCCAGCACCCCAGCUUGGCCACACUGUGGACAGCAAGAGGCUGAAGGACUCAGCUGUGCUGGACCAGUCAGCCAGGUACUACCACCUGACCCAUGAUGAGCUGAUCAGUCUGCUCUUGCAGCGGGAACGUGAGCUGAGCCAACGGGACGAGCAUGUGCAGGAGCUGGAGAGCUACAUCGACCGGCUGCUGGUGCGGAUCAUGGAGACCUCACCCACACUGCUGCAGAUCCCCCCUGACCCUCCCAAGUAGCCCUCCUCACCCCAUCCCUGGAGGAUUGUUGAAGACCUGUGUGCCCGCCCUCCACUGCCCUACUUUCACUUGGGCAGGGUGUAGCCUGCCUUCGUGGUCAUUCCCUGCUCCCUUCUCCAUCCUGUCUUUGCAGGGGCUGCUGGAAGGAGGCCCUUUGGACUCAAACUGGGGGGUCAUGGGUCAUGUCUUUGGGAGCCCUGGAUCUUUCCUGCCUGCCCAUUUUCAUACCUCUUAGCUUUCCAGGGAAUUGGAAUAAGGAUGUUUAGCUGUCUAGAUGGAGCAGGGGUGAGGUAUGGUUUCUAGGGUGAGAUGUGGAAUCUGUGACGAUACUGUUGCCACCACAGGUUAAUCACCCCAUAAGGUUGGUCAGUCAUUUCUUCCCUUUGCCAAUCCUUCAUCUCCAUUUUCCUCCAAUGGCCGGAGGGCCUCCUGGUAUUAACUGGGACAGGGACCAAAUUGCUUGCUUGUUUGUAUGUUGUAGACAACCAGGACACCUACACCUCAACCUUGCACCUGUCCCCUGGUGGUCUAAUCCAGUUUCUGUUUCUGUCUGGAUCCAUAUGCAGAGCAUGUAUUGUGUGGGCAGAGGUGGUGGUAUGUUUCUGUGUUGUUCAGCUGCUCCCUGUCCCUCCUCAGACCAUCACACUGAGUAUUCCAGUGGCAAUGGGAAGUGGGGCUGCGCACAGGAAGAAUGACUCCUUGCUCUUGAGGUUCUCCCCACCUCCCUCACAUGAGCCUUUCCAGGUUGGGGCUUUGCACUGUUUAUGUUUUGGGGAUCAGGCCUCUGUCUGUUGUUUUGUCCAGAUGCCAAAACUGUGCCACUGUGAGGUUGGAACUUUUGGAAACGAAUUAAAAUGUGCCUUUCAUGGGUAAGGACAAGAGCCUCUGGAUGUAGGCCUCUCUGGCCUUGGUGUCCCCUCCCUCCUGUUGAGUGCAUGGGAAUGGCUCUUAGGGUCCUAGAAGAGGAAUGUGGCCCAGGCUCUUUGCUUCCAUGAGAAUACUUUAGCUAAGGCUCUGGCCAAGUUGCUGCUGCUCCCUAAGCCUUCCUGCCAUCUCCCUUUCCUCCCCUGUCCCCAUUCAGAGCAUCCCAGGAUUAAAAACCUAGUGGGCAGUAGGCCUGGGGCUGUCUUCUCCUUCACUGUGUCUGGCCUUGGUUCUCAGUUGUGCUGGACCAGUUAGCUGGUCUGAAGUGGGAGGCUGCACUCUGCCUUAGAGGAUACCUAUAUGUAGGAAAAUGCCUUGUGGCUCUCCAGCUGUUCUGUAAGCUGCUGCACAGCCUGUCCCUCCUCUUGUCUCAUCCCCCUGCCUUGCCUGGCUUGGCUACAGCACACUUUGAAGCCAAGUAUCUGCCCUGUGGCCCAGCUCCUGGUUUGCUUGAGAACAAUGCAGGCUUCCCCCAUGGCAUCUGUGGGGGUCCUUUGGUAGCUGGGGCACCCUGCAUUAGCAAAAGGUGUGUGUGCGUAGUAGGACUGGGAAGAUGCUGAAGGAAGAUGCUUUGCCCCAGUGGAGAGGCAGUGGCCUCUUUCCAGCUGUCUCUUCAUGACAGCUAUGGGCUUGCUCCGAAGGCCUCAGAAAGAGAUGUGCUCCGUAGGUGAUGCCAGUCUUCUGCCAGCAUAGGCAGAGGAGUCCUAUGGUGAGGUCAUCCACUGUGUAGAGUUCCCAACCCUAGGCCCACUCAUCAGAGCUGGGAAAAGAGGCACUCAUGCCCAGAUCUUUGGCCACUUUCCGGGGGGGAGGGUAUUCGGGGUUGGAGAGUGCCUUUCUUGAGGAAGUGGGGCAGUGUCACUCCUCUUCUAGAUACUCUGUUGGAUUUUAUUUGGUCUCAGUCCUGUCCCUCAUCUUUGACCCAUCUCUGUUGAUUGGUCUCCCUCCCUGGCCAGAGUAGGUAUAUCUUCUAGAGAGGUUCUGAACUGAAGCCCAGGGUUCUGCUCGAUGUGUCUGCUCCUGGCCACACAUCACAGGAGAGUGCAGUGGGCUGGGCAGAGAGCAGGCACAUUCUGCUUAGCUGUUUGUCUUCCUAGUUGAAAUUCCUGUUUAUAAAGAGCUUGUUCUUCAUGUUUUAAGCACUUUAUGAAGAAUAAAAAGUCCAUGUACCACAGA